AUGGGUUCCAAGAGCCGGAACGCGCGAAUGCAUUGGAGUUAUUCGAGAUCGUGGGUGCACCUCCUCUCUCCAAAUGCUUUGGGAACCGCGAAAGAGGCAGUAAAUCAGGCAGGAGACCUGCUGGCUACCAAAUCAGUCAAGGGCUCCAACGCUUUGUAA